UCAUAGUACGCUUCUCCAAGACUGAAACCGAAAUCUGUGCGGGUCCUGAGCUGCAAUGAUUUAAGUCACUGGAUGUGGGAGAAACCCUCAACAUGGCAGGCCUACAGCUCCUGACCCCAGCCUCCUCACCCAUGGGCCCCUUCUUUGGGCUGCCCUGGCAGCAGGAGGCAAUUCACGAUAAUAUAUACACCCCCAGGAAGUAUCAGGUGGAGCUGCUGGAGGCAGCUUUGGACCACAAUACUAUAGUGUGUCUGAACUCUGGCUCGGGGAAGACAUUCAUUGCUGUACUCCUUACUAAAGAACUGUCCUAUCAGAUCCGAGGGGACUUCUGUAAUGGUGCCAAGAGGACUGUAUUCCUGGUCAACUCCGCUAAACAAGUUGCCCAGCAGGUUUCUGCAGUCCGUACUCACUCCGAUCUCAAGGUUGGAGAGUAUUCUGCUCUGGAGGCCGUGGAGAGCUGGAGAAAGGAGAGAUGGAACCAAGCGUUUCUGGAUCAUCAGAUCCUCAUCAUGACCUGCCACAUCUUCCUGAACGUUCUCAAGAGCGAAAGCCUGUCAUUAUCCAGCAUUAAUUUGCUGGUGUUUGACGAAUGCCAUCUCGCCAUCCAGGAUCACCCGUAUCGGGAAAUCAUGGAGAUCUGUGAGCGUUGCCAGACGUGUCCGCGGAUCCUGGGGCUGACCGCUUCAAUCCUGAACGGGAAAUGUGACCCUUCUGACCUGGAGGAGAAGAUCCAGAAACUGGAGGAAAUUCUGAAGUGUAACGCAGAGACUGCGACCGAUCUGGUGGUGUUAGACAGGUAUGCCUCUCAGCCCUGUGAGAUUGUUUUGGACUGUGGCCCCUAUCAUGACAAAAGUGGACUAUAUCAGAGGCUCCUGUCAGAUUUGGAGGAAGCUCUUCACUUUCUGGAUGACUGCAACAUUCCAAUACAGUCUAAGGAGAGAGAUUCCACAUCCAUCUCCAAACAGAUCUUGUCGGACUGCCGGGCGGUUCUUCUGGUCCUGGGUCCUUGGUGUGCGGAUAAGGUGGCGGGGAUGAUGGUGCGUGAGCUGCAGAAAUACAUCAAACACGAACAGGAGGAGCUCCACCGCAAAUUUCUGCUGUUCACCGAUACUAUACUGAGGAAGAUCCAUGCCCUGUGUGAAGAACACUUCUCCCCAGCCUCUCUAGAUCUAAAAUUCGUUACCCCCAAGGUCCUGCGACUCCUGGAGAUCCUGCGUAAGUACAAACCCUAUGAGCGUCAGCAGUUCGAGAGCGUGGAGUGGUACAACAACCGCAACCAGGACAACUACGUAUCGUGGAGUGACUCGGAGGACGACGACGAUGAAGAUGAGGAGAUUGAGGAGAAAGAGAAGACCGAAACCAGCUUCCCUUCCCCAUUCACCAACAUCCUGUGCGGGAUCAUCUUUGUGGAGCGCAGAUACACGGCUGUCGUCUUAAAUCGGUUGAUUAAGGAGGCCGGGAAACAGGACCCAGAACUGGCUUACAUUAGCAGUAACUUCAUAACUGGCCACGGCAUCGGAAAGAAUCAGCCGCGUAACAAACAGAUGGAAGUGGAGUUCAGAAAGCAAGAAGAGGUCCUUCGAAAAUUCCGAGCGCAUGAAACCAAUUUGCUGAUUGCUACCAGCAUCGUUGAGGAGGGGGUGGAUAUCCCGAAGUGCAACCUGGUGGUCCGCUUUGACCUGCCCACAGAGUACAGGUCCUAUGUCCAGUCGAAGGGUCGAGCAAGAGCUCCCAUCUCAAAUUAUAUCAUGCUAUCGGACACAGACAAGAUCAAGGCGUUCGAGGAUGAUCUGAAGACCUAUAAAGCCAUUGAGAAGAUACUGCGGAAUAAAUGCUCCAAGUCCGUGGAUUGUGGUGAGGCGGAGUCCGAAGCCAUUGUAGAUGAUGAUGAGAUUAUUCCUCCCUAUGUGUUGCGGCAAGAUGAUGGGAGCCCAAGGGUCACCAUUAACACUGCUAUUGGCCACAUUAACCGCUAUUGUGCCCGGUUACCCAGUGAUCCUUUCACUCACCUCGCUCCGAAGUGUAAAACUCGAGAAAGUUGUGAAGGCCUCUAUCGGUCUACUCUCUACCUGCCGAUAAACUCUCCUUUAAGAGCCCCCAUUGUUGGUCCUCCCAUGAACUGUGCAAGGCUUGCAGAGCGAGCAGUGGCCCUGAUAUGCUGUAAGAAGCUCCACGAAAUUGGUGAACUGGAUGACCAUUUGAUGCCAGUUGGCAAGGAAACCGUUAAAUACGAAGAGGAGCUGGACCUACACGAUGAGGAGGAAACCAGCGUCCCUGGCCGGCCUGGCUCUACUAAACGGAGACAGUGCUAUCCUAAAGCUAUCCCGGAGUGUUUGCGGAACAGCUAUCCGAGACCGGGUCAACCAUGUUACCUGUAUGUAAUAGGAAUGGUAUUAACCACACCAUUACCGGAUGAACUCAACUUCAGGAGACGGAAGCUUUACCCUCCUGAAGAUACAACGAGGUGCUUCGGCAUCCUGACUGCGAAACCCAUACCUCAGAUUCCCCACUUUCCCGUCUACACGCGCUCCGGGGAGGUGACCAUAUCGAUCGAGCUGAAAAAGUCCGGCUUUACUCUGACCUUACAGCAGCUGGAGCUGAUCACCCGGCUCCACCAAUACAUCUUCUCGCACAUCCUUCGCCUGGAGAAACCUGCACUAGAAUUCAAACCCACGGCGGCCGACUCCGCUUACUGCGUUCUACCUCUCAAUGUUGUUAAUGACUCUGGCACUUUGGACAUAGACUUCAAGUUCGUGGAAGAUAUUGAGAAAUCGGAAGCACGUACUGGAAUUCCUAGCACACAGUAUACACCAGAAAACCCUUUUAUCUUCAAGCUAGAAGACUACCAAGAUGCCGUUAUCAUUCCAAGAUAUCGCAAUUUCGAUCAGCCUCAUCGAUUCUACGUUGCUGACGUCUACACUGAUCUAACUCCGCUCAGUAAAUUCCCUUCCCCAGAAUAUGAAACCUUCGCUGAAUAUUAUAAAACAAAAUACAACCUCGACCUGACAAACCUCAACCAGCCCCUAUUGGAUGUAGACCACACGUCGUCAAGACUUAACCUGCUGACUCCACGCCACCUGAACCAGAAGGGGAAAGCUCUUCCUUUAAGCAGCGCAGAGAAGAGGAAGGCAAAGUGGGAGAGUUUACAGAACAAGCAGAUUCUUGUUCCAGAGCUCUGCGCAAUACAUCCCAUCCCGGCGUCCUUGUGGAGGAAGGCCGUCUGCCUGCCCAGCAUCCUCUAUCGCAUGCAUUGCCUCCUGACAGCAGAGGAACUCCGGGCUCAGACAGCAACUGAUGCCGGUGUUGGCAUGAAGUCCCUACCUGAGGAUUUCCGGUAUCCCAACCUGGAUUUUGGAUGGAAAAGGUCCAUUGACAGCAAGACUUUCAUCUCAAAUCUCAAUCCGACAUCUUCUGACCUCGGAAAUAACUGUAAGCCCAGUAUCCCAGGCGUCCCUGAUCGUGCUGCUAAGCCAGAGGCCCCGAUAGAAAUUGAUGACCAAAUGUCUGUGAACCACACGGAGCCGAAAAGUCUGAAAUCCCCCGGCAACCUCCAGACGGCGCCUGCAUCGGGUGACCACGCAAUGGUUAACGGCGUGUCCUGCAACGGGCUCGCAAAUGGAGGGUGCGACGUCUGCCCGGGGAGUCAGCCGGCUAGCUGCAGAUGGGAAGUACCCGCCCAGUCCUCUACCUCAUUCCCUCUUAAAAACGCAAUUGACAACCAGCCCAUCACCAACAACGAAUGUACUGUGAGUGAUAAGUGUAACGACCUGAAUGCUACCAAACCUACCUCAGAUGGGCGCCCCGCCUCUUUGGCAACUACGGUUUACCCAGAAGUUCCCCCUGUCGCAAACGGUGUAAAGUGUGAAAGCGGGACUUCCAACGGGUACUCCUCCAGAACUCUCGGGCCAAACCCCGGUCUUAUUCUGCAAGCGUUGACUUUGUCCAAUGCCAGUGAUGGGUUCAACCUGGAAAGGCUUGAAAUGCUGGGGGAUUCCUUUCUUAAACAUGGCAUCACCACCUACCUAUUCUGUACCUACCCAGAUGCUCACGAGGGAAGGCUUUCCUACAUGAGAAGCAAAAAGGUCAGUAACUGUAACCUUUACCGCCUUGGUAAGAAGAAAGGUUCACCAAGCCGCAUGGUCGUCUCCAUAUUUGAUCCACCUGUGAACUGGCUUCCCCCCGGAUAUGUUGUAAACCAGGAUAGGAGCACUUCAGAUAAAUGGGAGAGCAAUGAAACGGCCAGUGAAGGGGUAACCGCCAAUGGCAAAACUGACGAAGACUUCGAUGACGACGAAGAUGAAGACCUGAUGUGGCAGAAUCCCAAAGAGGAAGGCGAUUUCGAAGACGACUUUUUGGAGUACGAUCAAGAACAUAUCAAGUUCAUCGACAGCAUGUUGAUGGGGUCCGGAGCGUUCGUGAAGAAAAUUCCCCUCUCUACGUUCUCUGCCCCCGACACGAAUUACGAGUGGAAGGCCCCCAAAAAAACUCCUCUCGCAAAUGUCCAGUUCUCACCGGACUUUGAUGACUUCGAUUACAGCUCCUGGGAUGCCAUGUGCUAUCUGGACCCCAGCAAGGCCGUAGAGGAAGACGACUUUGUUGUGGGUUUCUGGAACCCCUCGGAAGAAAACUGCGGAGUGGACGCGGGCAAACAGUCCAUAUCCUACGACCUCCACACCGAGCAGUGCAUCGCCGACAAGAGCAUUGCCGAUUGUGUUGAGGCUCUUCUGGGCUGUUACUUAACUAGCUGCGGCGAACGGGCCGCCCAACUCUUCCUCUGCUCGCUAGGCCUUCAGGUUCUCCCUGCGAUGAAAAAGUCAGAGAAUGGCAUCUCUGGCAGCAAAGGAAGCCUUCUGUGCAAUAAGACGAACGACUGUAAGUCCAAUUCUGACUUUCCCUGCAAAGUAGUAGAAUAUGGUUAUUUGAAAAUCCCUCCCCGAUGUAUGUUCGACCACCCGGAUGCAGAGAAGACUCUUGAUCACCUCAUAUCUGGGUUUGAAAACUUUGAGAAGAAGAUCAACUACCGGUUUAAAAACAAGGCUUACCUGCUGCAGGCCUUUACUCAUGCCUCCUACCACUACAAUACCAUAACUGACUGCUAUCAGCGUUUGGAAUUCCUCGGAGAUGCAAUUUUGGACUACCUCAUUACCAAGCACCUUUACGAAGACCCACGGCAGCAUUCCCCCGGAGUUCUGACCGACCUGCGCUCCGCUCUCGUCAACAACACCAUAUUCGCCUCCUUGGCCGUAAAAUACGACUACCACAAGUACUUCAAGGCCGUCUCGCCCGAACUCUUCCACGUCAUCGAUGACUUUGUGCAGUUUCAGCUGGAAAAGAAUGAGAUGCAGGGGAUGGACUCAGAGAGAAAUUUUCAGCCAAUGUUCCUCGUUCCCCGGUGAGAGAAUUAUUGGAGAUGGAGCCGGAGACGGCCAAGUUCAGCCCGGCCGAGAGAACCUACGACGGCAAAGUCCGAGUCACCGUGGAAGUCGUAGGCAAAGGAAAAUUUAAAGGGGUCGGC